AUGGUCGAAAUCAGCGAGGCCGAGUUCGAUCAGGCGGAUGCCAUCAACAAUAAGUCCGCCUUCCUGUUCCUCAAGGAAGCCGGCAAGUCGGUCAGCGACCAUGGCAAGGUUUGCACGCUGGUCACGUCGCUGUUGGGGGCCUACACACCGUUCUAUGCCGCCUAUGCCGGCACGAAGGCACCCGUCGAGCAUUACACGCGCGCCGCGUCCAAGGAAUUCGGCGAGCGCGGCAUUUCGACCGGUCUGACCGAUAUCGAGGAUAUCGUUCCCUAUAUCCGCUUCAUGGUUUCCGAAGGCUGGUGGAUGACCGGUCAGACUAUUUUGGUGAAUGGCGGUUACUGCACCAAGUAA